UAUGGAUGUGAUCUUUGUGUUGUUCUCCGUGAUGCUCUCUGCGCUCUGUGCAUUAUCUCAGUCUUGCAUGUGCCAUCUUAGGGACCUCACGCAGAAGCAGCUUGUGGCGAGGAAAGAGGAGUCGCUGGAAAUGGGUGGGUACUUCAUAUGCAAUGGGAAUGAGCGUAUCAUCCGCCUACUGAUUGUACCAAUGAGGAACUAUGUUAUGGCAUAUAAACGAUCCUCAUUCCUUAAUCGUGGUGUGCUUUACACCGACAUGGCGACGUACAUAAGAUGUGUACGGCCUGAUCAGUCAUCUGUUUCAGUGAAAGUGCACUACCUGGUCACCGGCUCGGCGAAUCUUGCAUUUGUGUUACGGAAGGAGGAGUUCUUCAUCCCCGUUGCCAUUAUCUUAAAGGCUCUUGUGGAAGUGAGCGAUAAAGAGAUCUUUGAGAGGCUGGUUGCCAUGGGAGGAUCAGAUGGAAAGAACGAAUCCCAAUUUUCAGCUCAAAGGGCAGAACUCCUUUUGAGAGAAACGCGGCGCUUCGGUCUUUUCACACGCCCACAAUGUCUGGCGUUCUUAGGUUCAAGGUUCAGAGUCAUGCUGGAUCUACCUGAUCGGCUUUCAGACGUUGCGGUGGGAGAGAAGCUUCUCAGAGACUACGUGUUUGUGCAUUUGACUCGGCCUGUCGACAAGUUCAAUCUCUUGAUAUACAUGAUCGUGAAGCUCUUUGCUCUCGUUGACGGAAUGAUUAUGGAGGACAAUCCCGAUUCUCUGCAGCACCAGGAACUACUUUUACCGGGCCACCUGCUCUCGUCGUUCACAAAGGAAAAACUGGCGGAAUGGUUGUCGCGGACACGCGAACUCAUCCUAAGGGAACUGAAGGACAAGCCUACAUCAGUGCACUUGGAUGACAUGAACUUCUACAGAAAGAUUUUCGAUAAGAAUUCUGUGCCAAUUGGUCGAAAGAUCGAGUACUUUCUCAACACCGGAAACCUCGUGACCAGAACAGGUCUCGACCUUAGUCAGGCACAAGGGUACACGGUUGUAGCUGAGAAGCUCAAUUGGUUUCGGUUCCUUUCACAUUUCCGGUCUGUACACAGAGGAGCCUACUUUAUGCAGCUGCGCACGACGACAGUGAGGAAGUUGCUUCCAGAGUCUUGGGGAUUCUUGUGCCCAGUGCAUACGCCAGAUGGAUCGCCAUGUGGCUUGCUAAAUCACCUCACAAAAGCAUGCUCUGUUAUUACAGAAGUGCUUGAUGAUUAUCAGAAGGUUCAGGCGAUCAUAUCCUCCGUGCUGUCUACCAUUGGAAUGAUUCCUUCUGUGCCAAUGGUGGCUCAUCCCCCGCCGCCGGCAUAUAUUACUGUGUUCCUUGAUGGGAAGGUAUUGGGAUGCAUGCGAUCAAAUGCGGUCCCUGCUGCAGCGGGAUAUUUACGGCUCCUGAAGCUCUUGCCGGAUUCAGGGGUUCCAGCCCAUCUUGCGGUCGGCUAUGUGCCAUACGUGGAGGGGAGCACCUACCCAGGAUUGUUUAUGUGGAUGCAGCCGGCACGCAUGGUUCGCCCAGUCAAACAGCUUGCAGCAGAUGCAGAGAACAACAUUGAGCUCAUUGGCCCAUUCGAACAGGUUUAUAUGGAAAUUCGGUGUCCCGAUGGAGGUGAUGCUGGAAGGGCAAGUCAAAAACUAGGCUCAGGGGUACCGAUUGCAACACACGAGGAAAUUUAUCCAACAAAUAUGCUGAGCGUAAUUGCGAACCUGACUCCUUGGUCAGAAUACAAUCAGAGUCCCCGUAACAUGUACCAGUGCCAGAUGGGAAAGCAAACGAUGGGAGUUCCUAUGCAUUCAUUUCCUUAUCGGCCGGACAACAAAAUGUAUCGAUUGCAGACACCUCAAACGCCCAUUGCUCGUACGGCGACCUUCGAGGAUUACUGUAUGGACGAUUUCUCGACAGGAACGAAUGCGAUUGUGGCAGUUCUUGCUUACACAGGGUACGAUAUGGAAGACGCUAUGAUCAUCAACAAGUCGUCACUGGAACGAGGCUUUGCACACGCAUCCCUCUACAAGACAGAGCAAAUUGAUCUGACAUCGCUCCAUGCCAAGGGAGACGGGAUUAACAAUGUGUUUGGGAGAGCGGACUCUCGAGGUGGGAAAGCUUAUGCUGCUAGAAGCAAGAACGAUGCGAAUUUCGUUGACGAAGAUGGACUGCCAUUCAUUGGAACACCGCUGAAAGAAGGCGACCCUUACUGUAGCGUCUACAACAAGGUCACGCGUGCUGUUAAACUCCACAAAUUGAAAGGUUCUGAGCCUGCGUGCGUGGACUCGGUUACAGUUAUCGGCACUGAGAACGAUGAAGUGCAGAAGAUCAUGGUUGGAGCUUUGAAGGGAGAAUUCAUCGAUGCGUCACCUUUCCAGGUGACGACGGCAAAUAAAAAAAAUGGGAAAAGGAGCAAAACUGUUGUGGACGAGUUUGGUGAGCAGUUGGUGGCAGCGGGCUUCAAUUAUCACGGGACCGAAGUUAUGUACAGCGGUAUCUUUGGUACCGAGAUGCCAUGCGAGAUUUACUUGGGCCCUGUAUACUACCAAAGACUGAGACAUAUGGUUUCUGACAAGUUCCAGGUGCGAUCUACUGGUCCUGUCAACAACUUGACGCGGCAGCCGGUGAAGGGAAGGAAGUUGGGUGGAGGCAUCCGUUUCGGAGAAAUGGAGCGGGACUCGAUGUUGGCACACGGGACGGCGUUCCUUUUGUUCGAUCGACUUCACACUUGCUCCGACUAUCACACUACGGAUGUGUGUUCCCAGUGCGGCAGCAUGAUCUCCCCUCUUAUGCAGACGCUCAAGACCUCACGGAUGGGAGCGCCGUCAUCUUUCGACACUCCCCUGUCCGGGAACCGGAGACGCAUGUCCUGUAAGGUGUGUGGGACUGGCAAGGGUAUCGAGAAAGUCGCGAUGCCAUUCGUCCUCAAAUACCUGGCCGCCGAACUCGCGGCAAUGAACAUCAAAUUGACGUUGAAACUGUCGGAAUGAAGAAGAAGGGGUCAGCUCUUUCACGUCGGCAUACCGAGUGCCCAGUAGGUAAGCACGGACGGAUGGCAUCGCCACCCGUCCUCAAGUACGUGGCCACCGAACUCACAGCGAUGAACAUCAAAUUGACGUUGAAACUGUCGAAAUGAAGGGGAAAAGGGGUCAGCCUUUUCAAUUUGGGAACUUGAUAGCACAGAUAGAUAGCAACCCCUAGAGAUGUAUGUCUUGAUCUUACUGCGAGGGCAGAAACCUUGCGAAGUUGAGAAUCGCGGCAACGUUCAAGAACUCCGCUAAGUUGGGAACUGGAAGAACAAUGCUUGGCGGAGUCUGUGUUGGGGAGAGGGAGAGAGAGAGAGAGAGAGAGAGAGAGAGAGAGAGAGAGAGAGAGAGAGAGAGAGAGAAUAACCUUGAGCUGUCGAGCAGUUGAGCCCUUGAGCACGUCUGUCACCUCCUUGCCACAACUUGUCUUGGCAUACUCAUGUCAUGUCGAGACGCACAAGCGUUGUCUCGCGGGGAAUGCGGACUUGUGGAUGGAUGGACGGGUGUCGAUACUCCCCACCGUGUGAUGAUAAGCAAAGGAGCUCUCUGGCGACGUUUGUGGUACUUUGGCCAUCGCAGAUGAUAUUGCCCUUGAUCCGCAGAGAGAAAAACAGCGCAGAGAACUGUGAGCUAAACGUGAGAGGACUGUUGUGUCUCCCCAGUCGUGCAGCGUUCAUAAUUGCAGAGGCGAAGCUGCAAAGGGGAGAAGGAAGGAGAAAAGGAGAGAGGGAGGUAGCAAGGAAGGAACGGGGGAAGGAGAGAGGGAGAGUGUUAGGGAGGGGAGAAAAGGAGGGAAGGGUGAGGGAAGGGGGGGGCAGGAGAAGGAAUGAGGAGGGAAGGAGGGGAGGAGGGGAGGAGUAGAGGAAGAGGGCGGGAGGGAAGGGGGGAAGGAGAAGAGGAGGAGGAGGGAAGGAGGGAAGGAUGACCAAAGAAGCAAAGAGGGAGAGAGAGAGAGAGUGCAACAAGGACGAGGAAGGGAGGGAAGGAGGAGGGAGGCAAGAGGGGAGGACGGGAGGAGGGAAGAGGUGGGCAGGAGCGAAGGAGGGGAGGAGGAGAGGAAGAGGGCGGGAGGGAAGGGGGGAAGGAGGAGGGAAGGAGGGAAGGAUGACGAAAGAAGCAAGAGGUGGAGAGAGAGAGAGAGAGAGAGUGCAAUAAGCACGAGGAAGGGAGAGAUGGAUGCAUAUAGCAAGUUGUAUCUGCUCUGUGUCACACCGCUCUGGUGUGCAUCGGCGUUGAACCGAUUCGUCGGAGACAAGAGGGGGAGAGAGAGGAGUUCCAGACUGUCUCUUUUUUUUUUACUGAUUCACUAGAAAGGAGACAAACGGAACAUUCACCUCAUUCUUUUGUGUACACGGCGAUCGAGGAAAGACGAAUUGGAAUUGACGGGUCGGUCAAUUUGCAUGCCAAGGUGGAUGAAGAGAGGAAUUUUGUGAGAGAGAGAGAGAGAGAGAGAGAGAGUAUGGAUUAGGAGCUGCGUUUUCAAUCCGGUUUUGUACAAUUGAGAGUAGGAGAAGAUUGGGAAGAGACAGAUCUAUCCUUGAGAAGUUGAGAAAUUUGCGAUCCUGCAUGGUUUAUAUAUGUCGUGGCUUUCCAGAAUACCACUUUUGCUUUCAGCCUGUGCAGACAACAGUUUUCGGGCAAUAAGUGUGUGCGUCGCCCUCUACAAAAGUGUCUAUGAUCCCCUUUUAGAAACU